GUCAAAGUUGACGGGCUACCCUGUCACGUCUUUGUUGGGUCGCUGUACCUUUUCCAAUGUAAUCAAUAGUGCGGAAUUAAUGAAAAUUGUACAAUUGUCUACAAAGACGGCUACAAUUCAACAUUAGCUCAAACAGUCAAACCAACCUAAAGAUGGAGGAAAAGCUGUAUGGAUCACUGCCUGUCCCCUCGGAAUACCUUCAACAGUGGAUUCAGUCGACCCAGCAGUUCCAGGCGCUCCAGGCCCAGUACUCCGGGUUCAGUCCGCACCACCACCCCCACUAUCCAGAAGUGCCGGCGGGAGAGCAGGCGACGGCACACAUGGCUUCUCACCCGGAACCCAUGAUGGGUCAGCAGGAGCCCGCCAACCCAGCAAAACCUCCAGCCAAAAAGAGAGGCCGACCAGCACAACCCAAGGAGCCCAAGGAGCCUAAACCCCCCAAAAUCCCAAAGGCGCCCAAGCCUCCGAAGCCCCCCAAGGCGCCCAAAGUACCAAAAGCCCCCAAGGACCCCGCCGCCCCAAAGGCCAAGCCGGGUCCCAAGUCCAAGAAGGCCAAGGAGGGCGAGGCGGACGGCAAGCAGGAGAAAAUAGACGAUACCUUCAAGAAGGUCAAGAGGAAAAGGGACCGUUUCAAGGGAAUGAGCGAGGAAGAGGUCAUGACAAAAACCCUGCCGGACCUGCUCGAAUAUAACCUGGACUACGUUAUUAUUGGCAUAAACCCGGGUUUAUUGGCUGCCUUUAUUGGACGCUGGUUCCCCGGUCCCGGAAACCACUUCUGGAAGUGCCUGUUCCUGUCUGGAUUCACAGAUGAGCUGCUCAACCACACGGCCGACACACUACUGCCCACUAAGUACAAGAUCGGCUUCACCAACAUGGUGGCCAGGGCCACACCUGGGAGCAAAGAUCUCUCCAGCACGGAGUUACGCGAAGGAGGCAAAAUUCUCACACAGAAAUUAAUAAAGUACAAGCCUCUCAUUGCAGUUUUCAACGGAAAAUGCAUAUAUGAAAUGUUCUGCAGAGAGAUGUUUGGCAAAAAACCAAAGACACUCACGUUUGGUUUGCAGCCUCACAAGAUUCCUGACUGUGAUGUGGCCCUGUAUCUGAUGCCUUCGUCCAGUGCUCGCUGUGCCCAGUUCCCCCGUGCCCAGGACAAAGUCCACUUCUACAUUAAGCUGAGGGAGCUGAGGGACGAGCUGAAGGGAAUCCAGAAGUCGAAAGAAAUCGAGGAGGUCAAAUACAGCUUUGACCUGGGACUGGCUAAGGAGGAUGCCAAGAGGAUGGCCAUAAAGGAGGAGGCGUACGACCCCGGCUACGAGGACGCCUACGGGGGGGCAUACGUUGAAGGAGGACCUGAAGGAGGCCCACCACCCCCCCCGGGCGAGCCCCAGACCAACGGCCACUGCAACUUCUCAGCGGCUGAAAACACAGAAGCUGCAGAGAAGGCCACCACGUCCCAAGCGGCGGGCGGGGCAGAAGGCCAGCUCCCAGACGGACAGUGGAUGACCCAGUCGUUUGCCGACCAGAUCCCUGACAUCGGGGGUGCGGCGGCGGCGGCGGUGGCAGCGGCAACUGCUGCUGCAGCCGCAGCAGCAGAAGCAGCAGUGGCGGCGACGACGACUGGCCCUACGACAGAGCCAACAGCUUAGGGACCAGGGCCAUCCUCUGUGUGGACGCAGGAAACACACACACACAGGAGGGUCCAGGCCCGCCACACGUCUGAUGCAAAGCUGGGCCUCAGCCUGAAGACCUCAUCCUCCCAUUUUUCUCAUUUUUCUAUUAGUGACUUAGCAGAAUACACACGCAUUAAUGACACAUUUUUAGAGUUUUUGCAGAACACCAUCUGCAGUUGUGUCCUGUGUACACACUUUGUUCAUGGCAGUCGGUUUUUUUUUUUUUAAGUGUGAAAUCAGGGACUAUGAAAAUGAUGCUUGAAGGUCACAAGUUGAAUCGGUUUUAUUUUAUUGUACUGUACAUUACUGCACUGUGAUGCAGUAGGUGUGGCCGAUCAUGUCUACUGUAUAGGCAGUAGAAAUGCCUUCUUAUUACUUAGAACUUUUUACAAUUGAAUGACUGGAAAUAGCCCAGCGGGAAUUAGUAUGAGCCUGCUGGUGUUGUUGUGUUGAGGCCUACGAAGACCAACUACUACUUAUCUGCUGCCAUUUAGAUGUUAAAGGUAAUAUCAAUGAACCGGGGUACACUGUCAAAUAAUCGUUGUAUAUAUUUUAUACAUUAAGGUAACAGCAAAGCAUGAACUGGUGUAGGCGGACCUGUGUUUUACUAUAGCUGCCUAACCUUUAGAUGGCAGCAAAGGAGUAGUAGGGCUAGAAUUGGUUUGUCAUUGAGUAUAUUCUGAAUGGGAAAGCCCAAGCCAGGUCAAAGGACAGACAUGGUUGUGAUUUCACUUGCAGAAUUUCUAUGGCCCGUUAUCAACUCAAUUUGGUGCUAUUUUAAUGUUUUUUUUAAAUCGGUUUAGAAAUUGUCAUUCACAAAGUAUAUCAAAAUGUGCAUUAAAAUAUCUGAAUGAUGUUUUUCUACAUUUUGAUGUAAGCCUUGAUAUUUGUAUUUUACACUCAUGCAAUCUGGUUUUAUUUGGAAGAAGUUGAAAUGACAUUCUUGUUUCUGUAAAUAAUAAUUACAAGUAAAACAAGAUAUUGUAUAAAAUAUAUUGUUAAAAUGACUUGCCCAAAAUCCACAGGGUUGUGGAUAGGCUUUAAGCAACCAACAAUAGAUGAAUGAACCCAUAUUUAUCAGUACUUCUCCCAAUCAUACAUUUAAGUAACUAAUGGAUCCCCUGGAAAAUGUGGCUGAAGUUGUCUCCACAUUUAUAUUAUCCACAACAUGUGGUUAGCCCAGUACAUUUUAUUUGAAAUGAUGCAUGGGCCCUAUUACAGUUAGUUAAGGCUGAACUCUACGUUUAGUUGAAUAGAGUAUGUUUUACUUUCAAGGUGCUUGGUCCAGUAGCGAAAGGAUGUUGAGGUCCUUGGAGAGGGUGCAGGUAUUGAAGUUUCUUUCCUGCUGUCAGUGCGACCCAAUAUCCUCAGCUCCAGGGGAAGGCGGCGGCUCGGGUCUGGAGCAAAACUAAACAGAAAUGUUCAUACAUUAGAUAUAUUAUACUUAAGAGAUCCGAAAGUGACAUUAAUGGAUAUCUUAAAAUAUGUCAGAGAGAUGCAUACGGAGACUCCUUCCAUGUUAGUCAGAUACCGGACCAGUUGGAGAGGUUUGGGCGUACCGUCUGCCAUGCAUGCUCCCGUGGCCCCAGAUCUUUUGGUGUUUUCGUUCCAGACGACAUCAGACUGCACAUCAAUUUCCAGCCUAACAUCAUCACACUGCCAGACAAACCACAUUCAAUAAUUACUAUUCAAUGACAUCUUUGGGUGGAUUUGUGAGAAUUCCUAACAUUUAUAGGUGCCUCUCAGUAUUCCACCUCUAUUGUUUCUUACAUUUAAAAAAAAACUUGUGUGCGAUUGAGGGAGAUACCUGAUGAGUGAGACGAUCAGCUCCACCGACCACGUGAAGGGAAUCAGCAGGAAGCACAACAGUCUGACCAGAGGGGGCGCCAUCCCCUGACUGCCAGCACUGCCAGCAUAAUGGCUCUCUCUACACGCCUUACACAGCACUGGAACGCACACAUCCAGCCAUACAGUACAUAACAUUAUACAUGGACCUCGUGUGUGAACGGAAUGGUGUCUGGGGAGCAGUGUUGUUAUUGAUGUAUUUGAUGGGAAAGGGGAAGUAGUCAUUUAGGAGACAUUCAUCUAUGGCAAUUUAGUGAAUUCAUAGGUGCUGGUAGGGGCUGGCAUCAUGCUCUGGGUAUAGGAUGCCUACAGGAAGACAUUGAGAUUAAACCUAGUACAUUUUGGCAAUGGGUCAAAUACUCUAGAAACUACACAAUCUGAAUAAAUUUUGAACAUGUUAAUGAAAAGCAUCUAUAUGUUUCUUUUGAAGAGUUCUGAAUGUAUCUUAGUGAUGAAGGGUUCUGAAUGUAUCU